UAUUUUAAGGUUAGGUUCUCCGCGAUUCGCGAAAUUUCGCCCACUCCUAUAUAGCAUUUUUGUAUAUUGACAAUUGCACAAAUGUUUAUAACUCGAAUAAAAGUAAAACUCGAAAAAAAUCACGUGAUUCCUCAUGAUUACAAUACGAUUUAUUGCUGAGAAAUAUGAGUGCUCGAAAGUAAAGUUGACGAUGUGCAGAUAACCAAAGUGUCGAUGUAGUAGCAAAUACCUCGAAAAAACCUGACCUUUUUUUUUUUAGUACUAAAAAUAUUCGAAAAAUAUCAAAAAUUUAUUUAUUUUUAUGACUUACGACGAAGAGAAAGGAACAAUAGCACGAGCCACCGAAAUGUCCCUUAGGGUUCGUUUGGCUCGUAGUCGUCCUAUUCAAUUAUUAGGUGGCAUCGCAUUCAAAUGUUGGGUAUUCUCUGGAGCCUAUGUACUCAUUUGCAUCAUUCUUUACUGGCUCUAUGGUGGUUUAUUUGCAUUCUUUCUUCUAUGUUUUGCUAACACAGGCUUAUUAUACCGUGCUGAAGAUUAUUUACUCUAUCAUCCAGAACUGCCCACACACUCACGGGUUUACGUUCCUGCACCUUCCUUGUUCUAUUUGCCCUAUCAGAAUCUCUAUACACGCUCCGCAGAUGGAACAAUGUUACACAUGUUUUUUAUUCCUCAACAACCGGCGGAAGAGGCCAAAAAUUCACCUACCAUUCUUUAUUUACAUGGCAAUGCUGGAAAUAUGGGACACAGACUUCAAAAUGUAGCAGACUUGUACAGACAUGUUAAAUGCAAUAUAUUGAUGUUGGAAUACCGAGGAUAUGGAUUUUCUCAAGGGAGUCCGUCCGAAGAAGGUCUUUGCAUGGAUGCUCGAGCUGGUCUCGAACACUUGUGCAGUAGGACUGAUAUAAACACUAACGAAAUCAUUGUUUUUGGAAGAUCUUUAGGUGGCGCUGUAGCGAUCGAUCUAGCUACAAGGGGGGACAAGAAACACAAAAUCUGGUGCCUUAUUUUGGAAAAUACAUUCACGAGCAUCCCCGAUAUGGCGUCACUUAUCGGUUGCAAAUUUUUGGAAUAUUUGCCGCUUAUUUUUUACAAGAAUAAGUAUAUGUCGCUGCUCAAAAUCCGAUCCCUGACGGUGCCAACGCUGUUCCUUUCCGGGUUGGCCGACGCUCUCGUACCACCAGGAAUGAUGGCCGAUUUAUACGACAGCUGCAAAAGUCCAUGGAAACGUAUUAUUCCAAUACCUGGCGGCACACACAACGAGACGUGGAACGUGCGUGGUUACUAUCAAAACAUCGUCUUCUUUCUCACCGAGCUACGAGCGAAUCCUCAGCCUCGUGAAAACUCUAGUCAAUGGCGAAUCGACGAUAUUUAGAAUAAUUACCGGGGUUAAAAAAACUAAAGAUACAAAAAAUCAGUCAUUACGUCCAAAGUCAUAAAUACAUUGUUUUUGUAUUUUUUAACUGGCGAGCUUUCACUAUUUUCUCGUGAAGCUCUUAUAUAAACUCAUAAUCUUAAUUCAAAUACAAUUAACAUUAUUAUAAAGUGCGAACGGUGCUACUGUGAUCAACGAUUUCGCGAAUUCUUCAAGAAUAUAUUUAUAAAUUUAGAAAAUAAAUGGGAAAAAGCCUGCCAUGGAGUAAAGAUA